UAAAAUAGCCAUGGGUCGUGUUUCUUGUUCCAAUGGAUGCUGUGCAUAAAAUUUUCCAUGAAAGAAAAACUCUGUGACUCCAUGUUUAACCAGUGAUAACUAAGCAAAUCAUUCAGCAUGAACCUGAUUAGAAUUAGAAUAUUAUUAGGAAUGAGUGUAUUUCUGUUGCUACUUCUCCACAAUGCAGAUGGUGCUGAGGAAAAUUGCACAGAUUUUCAAGGAAAUGUGAUAUCACAUGGAUUUUUGUACGUGCCUGGACCAAAUGUUUGUUCUCUAUGUGUCUGUUACCACAAUGAACCUAUGUGGUGCAAGACUAUAUUUUGUCCUGGUCCACCUUAUAAAUGUUUAAAAUUUGUCACUGGUGCCGAAUGCUGCGAGUUUACAUGUUUAGAUGAUCCAAAAGACAAACUGAAAAAAAAUAAUAGUUCCAGCUUGAAUGAUACCAAUAGUAAAGUGUCACUACUCCUAGUCACUGCUUUUCUUUUCCUUUCUUAUCAUCAUUUUAUUCGACACGUUCUUAACUAGCAACUUUUGAAUGAAUUAAUGGAAACAUGACUAUGAAAAAAUUAUCACUGGAGAUCGUACGAUAGCAUCACAAGGAAUAACAAAAUGUUAGACUUGGUGAGGUUCUUGCCGUGAGCGUUUAGAAAUGUUUGCAAACUUUACAGUUUAUGGUUUGCUUGCAGAGGAUGAAAUUCCAUAAUAAUACAGGAAGACGAACGGUUAUCAAAAUAAAUUGCACUGACGGUAAUACUCGUUCCCUCAGUAUGAUUGGAAGAUCACCAGUUGGUCUCCAUUAUCAAUUAUUUAUAACUUCAGUAUAUAAUUGCUAGGCAGUAUUAAUCAAUCGAUAUUUGUAGACUCAAUUAGGCAAUCAAUUACUAGAACAAUCUUUUUACCUAUCAAGUAUUCACAUAAAUCCCCUGCCGUAUGAUAGUUGCUCGUAUUUUAUGAGCAAAAAAUCUGUCAAAAUCUGGAUUGUUAUAUCAAUGCAAUAUUUUUAGAUAAGCGAUAUUAACGCUGAGAUUUUUAAACUCAAAUAUUUAUGCAAUUUUGAGUAUAUAGAUAUGUAGGAUAUAUGAACAUUCAUUAAAUACAAAAUAUUAACCCGUGUUCUUGAACGUAAAAGGGCAUUGGGAAAUGACUAUAUUUUUCAAUACUUAUCUAGUUUUUGUACUUGAAUUAUAAUUCUAUGGAAUUUGUUUGUGUAUGCGGAUUAAAUUAAACAGAAAAAUUCUGUCUAUACUUUGGCGAAAGUUCUCAUCUGUAUGAGAGCUCAUAAUCACUAUGAAGCUCCCACUAGAGUAUAGACAUUCAUUUAGUUUACAAGAUCCAAAUGAUUUUUAUUUUAUUCUUAUAUUAUUAUUCUGCUGGAAAGUAACUAAAUUGGAAUUGAAUAUGCAUUGUUUAAAAUUCAAGGCAAA